AUGCAAGAUUCAUUUUGGAGGAAUGUUUUGUAUGCUCUCAAGUUAACCAGCCCUCUAGUCAAAGUUCUUAGGUUAGUUGAUGGAGAAAAGUAUCCAGCAAUGGGCUACAUUUAUGAGGCUAUGGAUAGGGCUAAAGAAGUUAUUCAUGAUAGUUUUUCCAAUGCGGAUGACUACAAGACAACUUUUCAAAUCAUUGAUCAAAGGUGGGAAUGUCAACUGCAUAAACCUCUACAUGCAGCAGGACAUUUUUUGAACUCGGGGAUAUUUUAUAAGGAUAUUGUUGGGGUAGCUUGUGAAGAAGUGGAACAAGGUUUAUAUGGUUGCAUUAUGAGACUUGUUCCAGACCAGGAAGUUCAAGACAAUAUUUCUGCAGAAUUAGAUAAAUACCGGAAUGCAGAAGGACUAUGCGGUCAUCCCAUGGCUAUUAGGCAUAGGAAAACAAAUGCACCAGCUGAUUGGUGGGCAUCAUAUGGAUCUUCGGUGCCUAAUCUUAAAAACUUUGCCAUACGGGUCCUCGGUCUAACUUGUAGUGCUACAAGUUCUUCAUACGAAGAAAUGAAAUAG